UGACCUGCCGGCGGUGCGGCGGGGGAACGGAACGAACACGCGCGAGGCGUAGCGAGGCAAUGCGAGGCCGGUCACCCCACGAUAGUGUGCCGCCAAGCGAUUUGUCACAUGUACAGCGUAUUGUAGUUAUUAUUAUAUUUUUUAUAGUUUCACACAUGGAAAGUUUCAUAGAAGGUGUCCGUCUACAUCCAUGUCUCUGGAACCCAUUACACCCAGAUUAUAGAGAGAUGCACGUAAAGGAUAAUGCUUGGCGUCGCGUGGUGAAACAUUUCAACAACGAGUCUAUAAUUCCUAACAUACAAGUUGCAAAAAUGGAAUGGAAGAAACUUCGUGAUAACCAUAGAGAUGCACUCAAGCGAGCAAAAUUGGGCAAAAAUAAGCUCCUACCUGCACAUAUCACAACUUGGAAGUACGCCAAGAUAAUGCAGUUUCUCGAGCCGCACAUGAAAUACAGAAUUACUGAGAACAUAGAAAUAGAAAACUUAGUGCCGGGAUCAAGUACAAAAAAAACUGAUCAAUGUCUCACAACAGAUGCCGAAGACGAUAUUAAGCCAACUUGUCCCAAGAAACGAUGCCACAUGGAAAAUACGAGUGAAGUUCCACAAGACACAGAUGCACUAGAAUCGUUUUAUAAUUGUAUAUUGAAGAGUACGAAAGUUAUGCCUCCCUGGAUGCAAACGCAAGUGAAGAAGAAAAUAUUUGCAAUCAUCAUAGAAGCGGAAGAAACGCUCGCAAAACAACAUAGCAGUAACCCGAGCCAUGACACUGCCGAUGGGACAACCGAACAUAGCGAGACUGACGAAAACAUGGAACCUAAAAUAAAAAUUGAAGUUUGCUCAGACGAGGUCUAAGACUACGACGACCAAGAAGAUGUAUAUUUUCAGCAAUGGUGACAGUGAGAAAAGAUAAAAGCAUUCUCAGAUUUAUUAAAGAAGAGAGGAGAUAAAAAGAGGAGAUAAGAAAAUGAUCUUUCGACCAAAUCACCACUUAACAUCAGGUGGGAUCGUGGUUAAGCGCUGGCUUAUUGAACAUAAA